ACGACAACUGGCACCUGUCAAAAAGCUCCCACAGAAAAACACUCAUCAACUGAAAUCAGCAAUCAAUCGCAAAAAGAAAAUAUACGGAAUGCAUUUUCUUACUUAAAUUCCCAUUAGUCAUAUCAUAUGCGCUAAUCGAUUGUCUACUAGAUAUAAACAAAGCAUUUUCACCAUAGAACAGCUAGAACAAACGAAUAACAAUGGCUGGAAUAAAGUGUGAGUAAUAAACCAUCAAACCAAACAAACCACCUUUGACAACAUACCCAAAAAUACACAUAACACAUUAUAACUCGAGAUAAUUGUUCGAUAAAAUUAAUUGCGUGUGUUCUUUAUUUUAUGCUUUCUCCUACGACACAAACGAUUUGCCGACGUUUAUUGCGAUGGUCUUGUUGAAACAAAAUAGCGCUGGUACUGCUGGCAUUUGCUGGGUCUAUUGGCAUGACAUUUGUAAUUCUGGCCUGUGCCUUACCUGAUUAUGGAUUAUGGUGGCCAUUUUUCGUCGUAUUAUUUUACAUUCUAGCACCAAUUCCAACUUUAAUUGCCAGGAGAUACACAGAGGGACAGGGUUCCAGCAACUCAUGCCUAGAAACGGGGAUAUUCAUAACAAUGGGAAUCGUCGUUAGCUCCUUUGCAUUGCCCAUUGUUUUAGCACGAGCGCCCGAUCCAGAGGGCACCAUUAAAUGGGGCGCGUGCUACCUUACCCUCGCUGGCAACCUUGUAGUUUACUCCACGCUGUACGGUUUCUUCGUCACAUUCGACCAUGAAGACGAUUACAACAUGUGGUAACUCAGCGAGCGGUACAACGACAAGAAGGCACUGGCUAGCAGGAAUCCAAUAGUGUCAAUGUUUAUUACUGAAUGUGACGAGAUCUGCACCAAACUAUUAGGCAAUUCAUGUGGCCACUGACUUUCUUCGGGCGACGUCAUUAUAUCAAAAUAUAUAUAUGGCUUAUUUUUUACGAACGAGACGAGAACGAUAAUAAUGCCGAAUAUCUAAGCUUACUUUAAUUUAUACAUAUAUGAAAAGAAUAUUGAUAAAAUGUGUAUCUGUGUAUGAUUAGUAUUUCUUUUGAUAAGACUAAUAUAUUAUUCCACCUGGAAACGAUAA